AUGGUUGAUUCGUGGUUUCUGUUCUACAAAGCAUUUCGCUUAAUCAUUUGUGAAAAUCAUCAAAUGCCAAGAUAUUUGAGCAACGAAGUUAUAAUUGGCUUGAAUAAUUGGAGGGCGAUCGCAACGUUUAUUUUAUUGAGCCACCUUUACCCAAUUACAGUACAUUUUACACUUGAGAAGCUAAAACUUACAAGAAAUGUUUUUUUGCUAUCGAGUCACAAAAUUAACGCCCAAAGUAGGUCUACUCCACAUUCUGAUCAAGUGAGCAAUAAAUUUAACAGCAUAAGAACACAAUUAAAGCUGGGUAGGAUAGCUUUUUGUAAUAAUUACCGAUUUAUUAGGAUGAUAAGCAGAUUAAAACACAGUGAGUUGUUUUUCUCCCUUUUUUUGCUUAAAAAACCACGAACUCAACUCCGUUUUCCCAUUUUACUGAAUGAUGUGCCAGAUGGUCAUAAAUUUUUGUGUUACAUUAUUCCACCUGGUAGAAGGGAAGGCAUUGGCUUAGAUAAUAGGAACGAAAUGGCACAAUUAUCGAAAAGAAAUCAAAGGAAGAUCGGAGUUUAUGUAAAUACUACGGUUUUAAAGUUUUUCUUUGUUUACAUUGUUUUACUAUUUCCUAAGCCAGCUACUAAAUCCACGUACCUGCAGCAUAAAUAUUGCGCACAAAUGCUUAAAUAUAGUGGAAAAUUAGAUUUUAAGAUCCCACUUUUAACACCAUUCAGCAGGUUUAUUUUCCGCUUUUCCAUAAAAAAAUGUGAGGAUACUUUUGAAAGCCACCCACACUCUUUUCAGCAUUAUCCGAGUACUGAUGUAUCAUUUAAGUGGGAUCGAAGUUUCAGAGAAAAUAAUAUCAAUUUGGCAACUCCUUCCACGCCUAGAGCUAUACCAGCAUUCAGUGUAACAAGAGAAUUUUACAGAGAAAACCUUUAUAAAGGGCACUGGGUAGUUAUACUUUGUAAAUUUGUUUCUUUCCUAAUGAAUGCUAAACUGACAUUAAAAUCACAACAAUUUAACAAUGGCUCUAAAGAGCGAAAAAUCUUAACUGCUAUUUCAAGUUGGGUUUCGUUUCGUGUCCUACGAGAGUUGUGGGACCAUUUGCAAACAUUAAUUUACAUUAAUAUAGGUACUAAAGCAGCCACUGUAAAGUCAUUUUUGGUUAUAUUUGUUAAAAUGCGUUGA